GUCGUCACUGUGACAUUCAUCAGAUGACUGGAAACUACAUGUGGGAUGAAGCCUCCAACAAGGAGUUUCUGAUCGGGACCAACGCCGACAGUCGGUUGCCUCUUUGGUGGGAUGGAUCAGAGCCGUUAUGGGUCACCCUGCAGAAACUGGGGAAGAAGGUUUUCAUGUACUACUGGCCUGGCUGUGAGGUGGAGAUUCUGAGUGUCCGUCCAUCAUUCUGUGAGGAAUAUGUCUACAACCCAUCAGAGAAAAACCUCACAGAGUCAAUAGAGAAGGCUCUCAAUGUCCUGAGCUCAGGCGAAGCGGCCAUGGCAGCAAUAUAUUAUGAGAAAAUAGAUGUGGAGGGCCAUCACUUCGGUCCAGAAUCCCCUCAGGUCAGAACAGCUGUGCGACAACUGGAUCUCGCUAUGCAGACACUCAGCAGAAAAAUCAAAGAGAAAAGCAUGGUGGACCAGCUGAACAUUAUGCUAUUUUCAGACCAUGGUAUGACCAAGAUCCAGUGGAUGGAGAAGGUCAUAGAGCUGGACAAGCAUAUCAACAUGUCAGCCAUCAUGAAGAUGAUGGACAGAGGACCGGUAGUCAGUCUGUGGCCCAUAGAGAACAAGUACCAAGAGGUGUAUGCCGCAUUGUCCCAGGUCCCAAACAUGCAUGUCUAUGCCAGAGAGGAGAUCCCUGAACGUUUCCAUUUCAAGGGAGGGAGGUUUGUCUCCCCGCUGACACUGGUGGCUGAUCCUGGCUGGUUUAUCUCUGAGAACAGGGAGAAACUCCCAUACUGGAGCAACGACACUGGGGAGCCGUCAGCAUGGCAAAAUGGUUGGCACGGUUACGACAACGAGUUCCUCGACAUGAGAGGGAUAUUCUUAGCGACAGGACCUGACUUCAAGAGAAAUUUUCAGGCAGCUCCAAUACGAGGGGUGGACAUCUACAACGUGAUGUGCUGGACGUUAGGUGUGAAGCCUUUGCCCAAUAAUGGGUCCUGGUCUCGGGUAGAGUACUUCCUGAAUGGCUCUGAUGGUCCCUCCCUACCCACAACCCUCUGCUGUAUGGGAAUGUUAGGAAUACUGCUUGCACUAUGGGAAUAAAGCAUCAAAGAGUUCAGUGGUGAUGGCAUCUAAUGGUAUCUAGAAAUGAUCUGCUAGAAAGAAUAAGAACUGUAAAAGAAAUGAAACAGGCCAAAAAAAUCAACCUUGAAAUUGUUAAAAUAUUCUUAAGGACCAAGAACUUGAAGCCUUAAAGUGCCUAAAGAGUUUUCCAGGACCUCAUCCCAUCUUCCCAAAUGGCCCGGAAAAAAGAGAAUUCUACAUGCCCACAAAUCCUAACAAAGGACUUCCAUCCUGGAUCCUGAAGAGCCCUGAACUCACAUUGUCCCUUGCUUUUGCAGCUCUCCAUGGCUGAUCAAUGGGUGUUGAUGUCUGAGGUGGUACAUACCUUAAAUGUCCAGCAUGACAACUAAUUGUUAAUUCUGUUAUCUUCUGCAAUUUCACUAGCUAACCACUCGAUGUCAAUCAUAGUGAAACAUGAAAAGUUGAAUAUACAACAUGUCAGCUUGUAUUCAGUGAUGCAUGUAUCAGGCUUUCUGGUCCGUUACAGAUUACUUUAGAUUACAAACCAGAGUCAAAUUCCUUGAAUGUGUUCACAUACUUGGCCAAUAAAGCUGAUUCUGAUUUCAGGGUAAAUGUCACUAUCCUAAUCAUCGUUUCCUAGUACUUUUCUAAAAAGUUUCCUGAAAAGAACUAGGUAAUUUAAAACAACGCUUUGCUUGUCUUUAUACAAAUUCCACAUGUUUGCAUGUUCAGAAGACUGGCUGUUUUCUUACUAAAUAACUCUGUAGGUUACACUGCCAAUCAAACAAUUAUUUGAAAGUGAACAAUUUUAAGUAUUGCCAAUUUUUUAUUUUUUUAUUUAACCUUUAUUUAUAAAGGUUAUCUCAUUGAGACACGGGUUUCAUUCAUCACACUAAUAUAACACAACCUUACAGACAGACAGGACAUUUAUACAGAGACAGAAAUAGAAACCAAAUGGUAAAAGUGAUAAGAGCUAAAGUGGUUGUUUAUAACUAUUAUAAAGAACAAGAGUAGAAAUUACAAUGUUUUUCCAAGGAAAUGCUCUAGAAUAUUAUACUGACCUGUGAAAAACAGCAUUACUGAUUUCAGGGUAUUUGUAACCUUGAAGCUGUUGAAUGUAAACCUCUCUUUUUUUUAGCAGUUUUUGUUCCAAGAUAAAAGUUUCUAAAGAAAACAGUGAUGCAUAGAAAAAAGCCCCCAUGUAUCCAGAUCAGAAGACUUCCUAAAGCACAUAAUGCCGAUGUUGACUGCUUUUAAUAUGUGUAACAGCUAGAAUAUGAGUUAGGAGGAAUAAUGAAAGCAAUACUUUCUUUAUUUGGCAAAGCAACACUCUGUAUGGUAGUUGAUUAUUACUGAGAUGAUUAUCUGGAUCGGGCAAAAUCUUCAUUCAUUGUACAAUCCUGUAUUGCAUAAUGACGAUAAAGCUGAACCUUGAACUCAGCUGUUCAUGUCUUUGAUCUUUAAGACUCUGUAUGACACACGUUUUGUAAAAAAGUGAUGUAUAAAUAAAUUAGAUAUGGAAAACAUG